CCCGCACCCGGGAAGCCGCCCCUGGAUGGGCUGACAGGCCGUCGUCGUCGUCGUCAUCCCCAGCAUGGCGGUGGUGGCGUCGUGCGGCGCCAGUUGGGCCGGGCUCGCCUCGGUUUAGGCGAGGCGGUGGUCCGGCUGGUGCGGAGUAGUUACAACUAAACUCGUUUUAAUUUCUGCUGCCUUAGUCCGGCCUGAACCGACGCCCUGCUGUAGGACUGCGGACCCCGAGAGGAAGGUUACGAGAAGAGGUCUUACAGCUGACUGACUAGUGAUUCCAGCAGAGGGGUGGAGAUUAAAAAUGUCAAAAAUUACUACAGAACUUCUUUUGGAAAGAGCGGUUCCAAGAUCUACGAGGCUCCGAAAGAUCGAGACGCUGAACCUGUCCAAGCUGCAGUUGAAGACUGGAGACUUAGAUCCACGUUUGUUUUCCCGUCUGAGGCAUCUGCAGAAACUAGAUCUCUCUGAUAAUUUACUGGACAAAUUUCCCAACAGUCUAACCCUGCCUGAUCUGCGUGUCCUAAACUGCAACAACAACAAACUAGAAGAUGUAACUGCUCUGAAACAGUUCCCUCUGCUCGAGGAGCUAACCUACGAGAACAAUGUGUACUUGACACUCAACGAUGACUAUAAAGUAAUGUUUCUUUUGCAAAAUCUUCGGCUACUCAAUGGCAAGGAUAUAACCAAACUGGCUAAUCAUGUGAGGCGUGUCAAUAGUCGUAAGCUCACCAGCAAGGUUACUGCUCACUGGGAAAAAUUCUUCCGUGACCAACUUCCUGAGAAAUAUACAGCUGAGCAAGUGAAGUCCAUCAAGAAAAAGUUCCUGAAGUCAGUACAAACCAAUGUAGUAUAUGGACCCAGCUCACUCAGUGAAUUCACCCGCUGGCGGGUGAAAAUGAUUGCAGAAGAGUUUCUGGCAUACUCACUGGGUCUGGAGUUAAACACAGAUCCUGAACUAGAGGAAAAGAUGGAUGAAAAUGAGGAAGAAAGUACAGAGAGCCCCAGGGAAGCUGCAGAGGACGUGGGUCAGGUCACGAUAAUGCCCAGGAAGAGGAAAAGAAAUAAUUCAAAAUCGGGGUCUGGAAACAAGAGAUCCAAGUCCCAGGCAAAGACUGAGGAGGAGGCUGUAGUUAAUCCCAGAAAGUCCAGUCAUGUGCAGGAUGACCCAGCUCCUGAUAAACCAAGAACAUCGAACCAGUCAGCCAAAGAGGCAACCCCUGAGCAGGGAGCUGAAGGUACUCAUAAGAAUGGAGAGCAGUGUCCCAAGGGGCAAAGCAACAGAAGAUCUGGCCAGCUGACAGGGGAACAGAAAAGCCAGGAGCAGGACAACGGAGUUGUUAGCUUGACUCCAGUGAAGAACUCCAAGGGCAAGGAGGAUGUCAGUGCAGAGCCAUUGCAUUUUCUUCAGUGUCACAGUAAAGGCAACAGCCGCGAGGAUUUUAAAACGCAGCUCUGGUCCUGUGUCUUCGAGCCAUUGCUAGACUGUGGAGCCAGGAAAGAUCCCAUUGUGAGCUCCUCCAGAACCGUGGCAACAUGUGGAGGGGAAUCUGUCUGUCUGAUUGAUUGUGAGACAGGGACGGUGCUGAAAAAGUAUAAGGUGGCUACAGAGGAGUUUUUCAGUGUUGCAUGGACAACCCUCACAAUGGUAAUCAGCGACAGUCGGAAAAAAUCUCAUAAUAUCUUGGCAGCUGCUGGGAGGAGAGGGAUUGUCAAGCUGAUUCAUGUGGCGGCUGACUUCUGCUAUGGAGAGAUAAAGGCUCAUAAAAAGCCCAUAGCUACUGUCUGCUUCAGCCCAACUCGAGAAACUCACCUCUUCACUGCAUCCUAUGACAAGCGAAUUGCACUCUGGGAUAUUGGGAUUCCAGACUGUGACUACAAUUUCAAAGCAAGCCAGCUGCUGGUGCUGGAAGCGAUCUCUAUUCCAUUACGGAUUGCCCCAGUCCCCACCUGCCCAGAUCAGUACCUGCUGGCUGGCUGUGAAAGCGGCUGCUUUGCCUGGAAUAUAAAACUGGAUAAGGAACAAAAAAGCAGGCCUUUUGAAGCCAUAUUCCAGUUUCCUGAUGAGGAUGGAGGCAUUACAACAUCUCACAGGGUUGAUGGUUUGGCUUUUCUGAAUGAUGAUGUCAUUGCUUCCAAGAGCUCUAAACCAGGAUGCAUAUACUUAUGGAGCUGGAGUCGGUCUUUUGACACAAAGGGAAAAGGAUGCCAGCGAACGCUAUCUGCCGUUAUUCUAGCUGAGCUGGAGUGGUCUAUGACAGACCUGUCCUACCUGACGCUCAGCACCUGCCCAGCAAAAGACUACGUGUUCUGUGGUGAUGAGAUGGGAAGUGUGUGGAUGUACAACCUCUCAAACUACACCGCAGCAUGGAGCUCUGCAAAGGGAAAACGCUCAGACAAGAAGAUCCCUCCCACACAGGUAGGUCUCAUUUACCUGCUGGGGCUGAGCAGACCUCCCGUCCGCUCCCCCUGCAGCUGUCCUGAGUUGCCUGAGCAGAUUUGCACCAGAACAUGCCUAGUGUUUUCUCUACCUAACACUCACAAGCAAUUAAAAGCAAUCGUCUCCAGAGCGUGACCAAGGCCAUCUUUCAAAUCUCACACAAACACAACUGUGACAGGAAUUAGGAGCUGUAAAGCAGGGCUGUUUGCUCCUGCGUUCCACAGCUUGGCAACUUUUCCUAGCAGAAGGGCCCUCGGUAAAAAAUUAGUGCUCAAACUGGAAAGCCUGACACUAGAAGCAUGCAGAUGCCAUUUCUCUGGCAGGCCAAGGGGAGGGAAGCCAGAGUGGCUGUUCCUGGCAGAACUGUACACAGGAAAGGGCUCACUGCUGCUGCAAGUUCAUGCCACCCUUUUUUCUUUGGUUUGAUACAUCCCUGGCCUCCAGUGAUAGUCCUCUUUUGGGCAGUUACUGUUCCCUUGUGUGAUGAAGGCACACACGUGCAAAGGCUCUCACUCCAGAGCCUGGUCUUGAGCUACAUUAUAUAUAGGCAUGACAUGACCUAGCAUUCCAUAAACUUUCUGCAAGCAUAUUGCCCAAGUCAACAGUCAGCUCCAGCUGCUUUCACUUUUUCCUUUCUGAUCAAGUCCCUCUGCAUUAAACCCUGCUCCUUUAGGAGGAGUACCAUAAAGUUGCACCAUUUCCCUCCGAAAGGGGAAGAACCUUUUCAUUCAGCUUCCCCAGGUUGGUAGGGAAGCGGAUUCCACAGCAACCCAAUCAUCAAACCAGGCCUUGCAGUAAUUAAUAACCUCCCAUUUUCAGAGACAAUACCACUGUGCCUUUCCUACCCAAAGUCUGUUCUCCUCGUAGAUUCUCAAGUGGCCAGAGCUUCGAGCGAACAGGGAGCAGCUGACUGAAGUCCUAAUAAACAAUGUGGUAUCAGACCCUACUUUU